AUGUCCAACCUAGCGCGUUCCCCGAGCCCUGAGUUUACCUUCGAUGAUUCUGGUCGUCCAUUCGUCCAAGAGUACAGUUCGUCAAAUAAGUUCAGACCGGGCCAGAAAGUCAAUCUCCACAUCCCAGGGCAAGCCACACCUGAAGGGCCCUACAAGAUAGAGACCUCCGCUGGCGCCCGCAAAUAUACUCUGUGCUCGCUUGAUGGUCAGCAGCAGGUCAGGAAUGGACAGAUCAUAGACGAGGAUAAUUUGGCUGAGGCUUAGAGGGUUAUGCCCAAGUUCGAGGUUGAUGUAUAGCUAUGGCUGAUUUGAUGAGCUUUUUGAGGCUCUCGAUACUCUGCAUGUUCAUUGCGUGUUAUGAAAAUCUCCUUAUACCUUUCUAUCGAUUUAAUUGCCUUAUUAUUGUUGCUCUGCCGAUUGCCUCGAGUUCUGCGUCAGGUACUACACUAGUCGUAUUUGCUCAUCUGACCCCGAUCUACAAACGUUGACUGUUUACCUUUUAACAGAAUUUCAGU